CACUACGUGGCUAUUGAAGACUGCUCCAGGAGGCUGUUUGAAAGACGCUAGAAAUGGAGGUCCCUCGCCUGUCCCUCUCUCUCCUGUAUUAGUUUCCAAAAGGCAUCCUUAAUGCUGCCAGAGAGCGCGCUGUGAGGCAGCAAGGAAAGCGAGCUGAGCGGGAUUGCUAUCUUUGUGACAGCUUUUCUGCCUGGUAGGGUGCGUGUGGAGCCGGGGAACUGGACUGGACUGUGGUGUUUCGUGGAGGAGGAAGGAGGGGAGGUGGAAGGAAGAGAGAGGGACAAGCCGGACAGAUGGAGGACGGCACUCAGCAACUGGGACACUGCCUGGUUGACAUGAGGGAGCUGAGCGCCAACCCUGAAGGACUGACCGCUGCCGGUGUAAUGCUAACACCCAAGCUGCCUCAGGUGGAGUUCAGCCUCGCUUGUAAGGAUCUAGUGGCCUGCAGAGACAGAAAGCCCAAUGCUCUGGUCCAGGUGGCUGUCAUAGAUACCCACAAGCAGCACCUUGUCUCUCAGACCUGCACAGAGAUAGUGGAGGCGAACAAAGACCCACUGUUUCUGACGGGGGUGACCUUCCCUUCAGAGUAUCCUGCUAGCCCGGAGACACUAGUCAAGCUGACUGUGUAUGAUGCAAAAGACAAGAGCCAGGAAUCAAGCAGCUUCCUGGGUAGCGCCACGUUUUCGGUCGGCGAUCUGCUGAGGGCAAAAGAUGAACGACUGACCUUGAGUCUCAGGUCAUCUGAUGGUGUGUGCACAGCGGGGACAGUGGUGGUGAGUCGUCUGAAGAUGGGGGAGAUGGAGGAGGCCGAUGUAGACCACAUCACCACUGACAUUCAGUCACAAAAGUGUCCCAUGGUCUGUGAUUCUGCAUCCCACCGUGCCACCAUCGACAGAGAAAAUAACCCACUGACAGGGCCAGUGUUCAAGAACCCAAUAUGCAAGGUGUACAGAUUUCAAACAGUGGACAGCAAGUGGAUGCUGGUGCGGGAACAAAUGGAGGAGUGCACGUUAUCCUUUAGCAUCCCCAGGCAGCUGCUGUCGCUGUAUAUUCAGGAGGACAUGAGCAGGGUGCAGGACCUGAAGGAUCUUGGGGAUCUUUCUCCUCACUGGGACAACUUAAGAAAAGAGGUGAUGACACGAUAUGGUGGAAUCAUCAGCUGCUACCAGGAGACUUUGGCUGAACUGGACAAGAUUACAGGUCGUUCAUUCAAGCCGAGCUGCUGCAAAGCCCAGAAAUCUCUGGAGUUCAUCCCCAUAAACUUACACACCCAGAGGAUGAGGGUGACGUGCCCCAGAAAAACAGAUGCUUUCUAUGACAUUGUCACUGUUGGUGCCCCAGCAGCUCACUUCCAGGGCUUUAAGUGUGGAGGUCUGCAGCGUCUCCUCAGCAGAUAUGAAGCAGACAAAAAGAGCUUCAGCACUGCCUACCAGUGCAUCUACUACUCUCCAGAGCACACAGCCAAAGCUCAGGAGGUCCUCAGCACCAUGAGCCUCCUCCAGCCCCUCAUCACAAGUUUAGCAGACCAGCUCCUCAUGGCAGCACAGGAGCACUCCGCGCCCGGACUAAGGGAUGCACUCAAGAACCUUUCUGAUAAGACAGAGCAAUUUGUUCACACGCUUAAGGAUGAAUUGGUCAAGAGUGCACUGUUGGCGCUUCACGCUGCGCGGCCUGGGUACGUUUCCAAGAACCAAAAGCAGACUCUAGUGCAGGGAGGCCAACUUCAAGGCCACAUCCAGCAGAGCAAUGAGAAGAACCAGAGCCCAGUCCAGGGACUGCCAGGCCACAGUCCAGCCACGUCGGCCACUGAAAGCACCAUGGUGUGUAAUAAUGUGGAAGCAUUACAAACCAUGACUGGAGGAGAAGGUGGGACUUUGCCAGUGAAGCAUGACUCCAUACCGCACCAUAAAGAGUUCGAUGAGGAGGAGUGGGACAGGGUGUGGGCAAACGUGGCCAAAUGUCUCAACUGUGUCAUCGCCAUGGUGGAUAAACUCCAGGAGGAACACAACAACAAACAGGAGCAGGUCCCUGAGCAUCAGCUCGCUGAUGUCAUCACCUCACACAACCCUGGUGACUGGAGGGAGCAGCUACGUCCUCUGGUGACCAGGUUAAAGGAGUGUGUGAUGGAGGUGGUGGAGAAGGCGAAGAGAGCCAUGACCUUUGUGCUCCUCCAGGAGGCAGCCUGCAGCACCCCACAGGGCUUCCUCCUCCAGCAGAGGAGAGACGUUGUCUUCAGUCAGGCACUGGCAGCUUUAGCGUGUGGUUUCGUCAUGAAGCUGUACGCAGGAAUGCAGGACAAAGGAUUCCUGAGGCAACUCCACCUGGUUGGCCUGGUAGCCCAGUUUGAGAGUCUGCUCAGCACCUACAGUGAAGAGAUCGGGAUGCUGGAAGACAUGGAGGUUGGAAUCUCGGACCUGCAGAGAGUCGCCUUCCAAAUUACAGAGGCUCAGUCGGAUGAGCUCAGCGACCUCCAGCCUUCAGUGUGUGGCCGACGAGACCACUUCACUGUAGAAGUGCCAUUACCCCGACUGGUUUUCCAGACCUUACCAGAGGAGAUCAAGGAGGGCAAGCCUCUACGAGUAUUCCCGGUGCUGUUUAAUGUGGGCAUCAAUGAACAGCAAACCAUAGCGGAGAGAUUUGGAGACAUCUCUUUACAAGAGAGAAUAAACCAGAAGAACUUUGAGAUGUUAGAAGCCUAUUUCAAAUCAUUCAGUGAAAAGGUGCCGUUAGAAUGUCUACCGUGUUUUCAGACACAGACUGACAUAAAGGAAUUACUUGAAACCCUGGGCCAGAAUGUAGUUACAAAGAAGAGAAAGAAUGUGGAGAUACUGUGGAUUGCUGGAACGAUCUGCCGAAGGUUAAAUGGCAUCAGGUUCACCAGCUGUAAAAGUGCCAAAGACCGGACAUCCAUGUCUGUCACAUUAGAGCAGUGUGCUCUCCUCCGUGAUGAACACCAGCUCAGCAAGGAUAUCUUCAUCCGUGCUCUUGACUGUAUGCGAAGAGAAGGAUGUCGCAUUGAGAACGUUCAAAAGAAUAUUAGAUGCAGGAAAUAUGCCUUCAACAUGUUGCAGCUGAUGGCCUUUCCCAAGUGCUACAGACCACCAGAGGGGACGUAUGGAAAAGUUGACUCGUGAGGAUUUUAACCAGGUGCUGUAAAAACCAAUGUGUGUUACAUGUGUAGUAAAUAUAUACGCUUAGGAACUAGAGAGACAUUUUUUAUCCAUGGUAGCCAGAAACACUUGCUGGAAUUUACAUUUUGUUUUUUUUUUCCUUUUAUAAAUUGUGUGGUUGCUCUGUUGUAUCUCUGUGUGUGUGUGUGUGUGUGUGUGUGUGUGUGUGUGUGUGUGUGUGUGUGUGUGUGUGUGUGUGUUCGUGUGUGUGUGUGUGUGUGUGUGUGUGUGUGUGUGUGUGUGUCUGUGUCUGUGUGUGGGUGUCAGGGGUGGGGUGUAGUACCCGAAGCUGGAUUGCCAAAAAUCUGUUGUGAAAAAAAGUGCACUUACUAUUCCUGCCUCGUCUAUUUUCGUGUUUUAGCUGUAAUUGACUGUGCAACUGUAAUCAUUUCAGCAUGUAGUUCAGCACUCGUGUGCCUGAACAAGUGCCUUUGUGCAGAAUUUAUACAUUUGUAAAAGGGAUUUAUGUGUAUGUAUAAGUUGUGCGUGUGUGACAGAAGAGUUAACAGCAAUUACAUCUGAUCAAGCUCUGUUAGCGGAUUGAGAUGCUUUUAAAGCUAAAAAAAAAAAAAGGACAGUUAUUUGACCUCAAAACAAACUGUUCCCAUGGUAAGGCAUGGCAAGGCAAGUUUAUUUAUAAAGCACCAUUCAUACAAGAGCAAUUCAAAGUGCUUUACAGAGUUAAAAACAAAAAACAGAACAGUAACAAUCAACAAAAACACACAGCAAACACUUAAAACAUUUACAUUUUAUAUGCAGCCAGUUAUGUUUGAAUUUAAGUACUAAACUCCCCUGCUCCAGUGCUUCACAUGGUGUAAUCACUGCUCUCCACAACCUAAACAAGCCAUCAAUAACUCCAAGUCAAUGUUUGGAUGUUGUUGAAGUGUGUCCUUAUCCACAGAGACAUCUGGUCCACACUUUUCCUAUGUGGUUUAAGACAAAAUUGAAUCAAGUCAGACUCAGCUGUCCCACAGGUUCUAAACACGAGGACUUUUAAAGCAUUCCUGAAUCCUUUCUUAAUUCCAUAAUCUUUGACAGCUCAAGGUGCAGGUUGGUGACACCACACUGAUGUACAGGCGGAGUUAGAACGAAUGAGGAUUUUGGACCAUCAUUUUUGAAUGCUACACAUAAAGUUCUGUUAUUUAUUUUUAUAUUCUGAAAUAGUUUUAUAUUCUAAGGGUUGAUACCUUGGACUUAAAUGCAUGUAAUGUUGUGUUGGGCAAAUAUAAAUGUAUAUAUGAAAACAAAUAAAGGAAUGUUUUAACUUGGA